UUCAACAGCUGAUUUGCUCUGAAUACAGUGUUGUUACUUGUAAUUAUACCGGGGUUUUCAAGUGCACUGGCAGAACUGACCACGGUGUAUUACAAUGGCUUUUCGGGUUAUUUGCAUUUCCGUGAUAGUCGCUUGUUUUGCACAGGCGGCAUUUUGUGUGCCGGUUGCGGAAGCGGAGCAUGCGGACCACGCUGAACAAGGCAAAGAAUUCCACUUCGACGUUCCUGCUCACGCUCUGCAAGCCGAUGACCAUUUGAAUAACGAAUCCCAUGCUGAAAACGCUAGCCAUGCUGAGCCCAAGCUGGAUGUCCACCUUAGCAAUGAAUCGCAUGCCGACAAUACCAGCCAUGCUGAACCCCAUUUGCUGGAUGCCCAUCACAGCAACGUCUCCCAUGCUGAAAACGCUAGUCAUGCUGAGCCCAAGCUGGAUGUUCACCUUACCAACGAAUCGCAUGUUGACAAUGCCAGUCAUGCUGAUGCCAAGCCAAAACUGGACAUUCAGUCGGCCAACGAAUCACAUGCCGACAACGCCAGCCAUGCGGUUAUUAAACGCGAAGCUGACCUCCACCUAAGCAACGACUCCCAUGCGGAAAACGCCAGCCAUGUGGAGCCCAAGCUGGAUGUCCACCUCAGCAACGAGUCGCAUGCCGAAAACGCCAGCCAUGCUGAUGCCAAGCCCAAACUGGACGUUCAUGAUCAGUUGGCCAACGAAUCCCAUGCCGACAACGCAAGCCACGCUAUCAUAAAGCGCGACGCUGCAGGUGAGCUAUCCCAUGCUGCCGACAACGCCAGCCAUGCUGAGGUCAUUCCCAAAGCGGAUGUCCGCCUGAGCAACGAAUCCCACGCUAUGAAUGCCUCCCACGCUGAGCACGUUAUGGCGAUGAAUCCUUUCGAUGUCAUUCCAGCCGUACAUGCCGAUGACAGUGCUGCCAACGUUUCGCACAUUCCCCGCGGCUUUGUUCCUAGUGCCGUUGGCGACAGACCUGACCUUUCGAUCCACUUGGACAACAACACCGCUGCAUCCCAUGCCAAUGCUUCUGAUGCAUCGACCGUCUCCGACAAACCAGUCGCCGCGGUAGAACAGCCAUCGGAGCAGAAAGUGGUCGCACUCCAAGCUGCCGCUAACAGCACCCAGCCAGUUCUCCCCGCUCAAGAGCACCAUGAAAUUGCCUUCAAGAAUUCCGAUGGUGCAGCGAUCUCACAGCAGGAUGCACAAAAAGUGCAACCUGAUGGAUUAGGAAUCGAACAUCCAAACUGAAAAUGAUCAUACCGGAAGUGUCGUUUCGAAUUAGUACUUCUUAGUAUUCUUUCGCGAUAAUUGGGAAUUUAUAUCUAGAACCGUAGAUUCCUCAGGUUUUUUUUUUAUUUUUUUUUUGAAGCAUAUUGUUUCAUAUAUUAUGUUCGAUCCAAAUAAAUAGAAUCUGUCGAACGUGCUAUU